AUGGGGAAGAAGCCGGGCAACGCUGGCCCUUCCUCGGCACCCAGGCCCAUGAACCAGGCUGUGUCGCUCCGCGAGGAGACCUCUGGGAAGAUGCAGGCCGACGCGCCCUCCGUGUUGAGGGUCCAGCACCUGCAGCGGCUGGGGGCGUGGGCGAGCGGGGAGGCGGGAGUUGGCUCGAUCGGGACGCUGUUGGGCCGCCGCCUCGCUACGAAUGCCGAGGCGGCCGGGAUCCCUAUAGGCGCCUCCACCUUUCUUUGCCAGAGGUGUGAAUCAAUCUUACAGCCAGGCUUCAACUGCACAAUCCUCAUAAAGAACAACAAAAGGAAACCAAAGCGGCGCAAGAAGUCAAAUCCUGGCCAAAACAGUGUUGUCUAUGCAUGCCAUUUCUGUGGAGACGAAAACCUGAUACGGGGUAGUGGAAAGGGGGUCGUGAAGGGCCUAUUGUCAUCAAGAAAGCCCGUUAGCACCAGCAUAAUGUUGAAAGGAGUCAAUAUGCCAACAGUAACUACUAAAAAGAGGAUUGAGCAUUCUGUAACAGCAGCCUUGCAACUGGAAUCAUCCAGGUUGAAAACAUCCACUAUCGAAAAGGAUAAACAAGGUAAUGUGCCAAAAUCUAAUCUUCCUGGAGAACCUAAAAUGGAGAAGAAAGGGGGAGUUUUCUCAAUGGUGGAUUGUGGUCUGUUAGGAGAUGCACAUGAAGACAUCCUGCAGAAAAUUGAAGUGGAAAGCACAGAUGAUAAAUGUAUGAAUGGAAUUGAGCCUGCGGCUUCGAAAAAUAUUACAACAUGUGGCCCAGAUGUCACUUCCCAUGCAGAAUUUCUAGUUGGGUCAAACUUCGUUACUCCUCGGAAGAACAAACUGGCGGAAAUGACUGUGCCUAUAGGCUCAGCAGAAACAUUGAAUACUAAAAGUACACUGAACAGCAAAGGACAGAGUUGUGGUUCAGUUGCUGGCAAGACCCCUGGAAGUUAUAGCAAGUCAGCUUCGAAUACCAAAUCUGCACGAGGUGAUUCUACUCAGCCAGCUGGCAGUUCAAGGAAGCGGGCAAGAAAAGGGUGGACUACGCUGAAGCAGAUCGCUGAGAAGGAAGAGCUUGAGAGAAAACAGAAGAUGGAUAACUUUGUAAUCCCGUUCUUCAUGCAGUAG